AUGGGGGCUUCAUCGAUUGACGAAGUGCCGGACAGUGGCAACAUGUUCGUUGACCAUGAAUUCAACAAGAACAACGCUGGCAUCGCCACUAAAUGGAUUUCGAUUACCCAACUCUAUCCUAACGGCGUGAACCAGCCGCUGCUGCCCGAGGUUUUCUCGCGUGAGCAGUUUGGCCAAGGCAACCACUACGAGUGCUUCAUGAUCUCUGCCCUCGCAACGCUUGUGCGCUUCCCUGAUGUGAUCCGCAACUGCUUUGUGACCCAGAAAGUGCGCCAGGAUGGCCGCUACACGUUCCAGUUCUUCCGCGGGCGGGAGUGGGUGAGGGUCGAGAUCGACGACACAAUUCCCAUGGAGGACGGCGAGGUGCUCUACCUUCGGUCCCCGACGGAGCACUGGUGGCCGCUGCUGCUGGAGAAGGCGUACGCGAAGUUCUACACCGCCUACGACCAUCUCGAGGGCUGCACACUGCAGGAGACCUUCCACGACCUGACUGGCAACCCGGUGCUGAACAUCCCCAUGGACGCCAAGCUGGCUAAGGCGGCGAACUGCAAUGUACUUGAAGGGUGCUACUGGCUUGACUUGGCGCAGCGCAUACACUCUGGGGAGUUUGUGGCAUCAGUACUUACCAAAGAUAUCGAGCUCGAGACGAUGGGUCUGCAGCGAGAACAACAGUACGGCCUCCUCGAUAUUUUCUCUCUUCAGGGGACAUCUGCGCUCGAUGACAUCGUUAUUCGCCUGCACAACCCCUUCGAAGAUGACGAAUUUGUCUACACUGGACCCCUCAACCAGAACGACUUGGCCUGGUCAGAUAAGCACCGCGUUAAGUACGACGUCAACAACCCGCGCUCCAUCUUUUUGCCGCUGAAUGUUUUCCUUCGCAUUGUCAACUCGAUGCAGCUAUGCUACAUCAGCACCGUUGCCUCGGAUGCGACGUAUUUUGAGGACGAGUGGAAGGGUGAGUCGGCCGGCGGCAAUCCCACCAGCGUGUCGUGGCGCAAAAAUCCCCUUUACUGCUUCAGGAAUCACGGCACAGAGGCGGUGACGCUUACAGUUGUGGUCAAACAGGAUGAUCAGCGGCACCGGAAAGGCCCGAAGGAGGAGACCACGUACAAGCAGUGCGGCAUGAUCCUUUCGCAAUGCACCUAUCACUACCCGAUCCCCACCUUCUGGGUGACUGCCAACAACCACAAGCCAAUCUUUAAGAGCCUCUUCCUCAACUCACGUGAGGUGGCAAAUACCAUCAAAAUUCCGCCGCAAUCACUCUGCUACCUCGUCCCCUCCUGUAUGCACAAGGGCGACGAGGCCAAGUUCCUGCUGGCCGUCUACCGCAUGGCUCAUGAAGACUACAGCAACAUCACCAUCAAUAAGCUCACGGGGACUGAAAUGGACUGGGAGAGCCCUGCUACAGCGGAAGUGCAGCUGCAGAUGCAAACCAAAGACCGGGUCGACUUCUACGUUGAUGAAGCCACCGAUGUACACAUCCUUCUCCACCAAACAAAGCCCUACGUCAGCAAGUCGGGCGGCGACGCCAUGACGGAGGAUUACAUGGGUAUGUACCUCUACGACGACACGGACCGCAAGGUGGCGGGCGUGCACGCCGCGACGAACUUCCGUGAAACGAGCGUCAUCCACCGCCUUCCUCGGAGUGGUCGGUAUGCCAUCUCGAUCACGUGUCCUCGCGGAAAGGGCGACGUGCCGGCCAAAGUCACUAUUGUGUCUUCCUUUGGCAGCCAGGUUCGCCGCGUCACGGCUCCAGAGGACGCCUCCAUGCUGCCUGAUGAAGCGGAGAGCGUCGAGGAGAAUGAAGGCAUACGCCCGCGAGUCACUCGCAUCGACUACGAAGCGUUCCAGGAGCCGUCCGCUGAUGUGCCGGAGCGUCCAGACAGUAACGUGCCGUUUGAAGAUCGUGGAUUUAUGCAAUGGAACGGCGAUGUGACGAUGGGGCCGUGGGUGCACAUCGGCGACCUGUACCCUGAAGGCAAGACCGUGCCGCUGUUGCCGAACGAGCUGAGGCGGGACCAGUUCGGGCAGGGCGACCACUACGACUGCAGUACGCUGACGGCGUUCGCGGCACUGCUGGAACGCCACCCCGACGUGAUCCGCAACUGCUUCGUCUCGAAGAACCCGCGCAAGGACGGCCGCUACACGUUCCAGUUCCACCGCUACGGGCAGUGGGUGAAGGUGGAGAUCGACGACCGCAUUCCGAUGGUGAAGGACGACACGGUGUUUUGCCGCUCGCCGACCCACCACUGGUGGCCGCUGCUGCUGGAGAAGGCGUACGCGAAGUUCUACACGCUGUAUGAGAACCUGGCGGGCUGCUCGCUCGCUGAGGUCUUCCACGACUUCUCCGGCCGUCCUGUCAUCAACACGCCGCUGGACCUACCAACGACAAUGCCAGCUGAGUUGGACAUAACGUCUCCCAUGUACUGGCUGAGGCUGCGUGACGAGCUACGCACCACAGCCGUGGGAGCCCAAACCGGCGAUGCCACAGAGAAUCUCGGUCUGGCACCUCAUCAGUUUUACGGUGUCCUCGACAUACUCGUCACUUCUGCAUCACCACCUCGUUCCCUCAGCGAGGUGGUGGUGCAGCUGCAUAACCCGUACGCGGCGUACACGUACACUGGCCCUAUGUCUGAUCCGGCGGAUCCGCGGUGGGCAUCGCGAGGAAUGCACCACAUCAGCACCAUGCAGAACACCAUCUGUGUGCCGGCCGACAUCUUCCUGCACACAUUCUUCAUCAUGUCGCAGGUGCAUCUUCUUGGACUCAUCGAGCCCUGCUGGAACUUUCACAGUGAAUGGGGUGACGGUACGAACGGCGGCAACCCGUCACUACUCACGUGGCGCGAAAACCCGCUCUACACCGUUGUCAAUACAAGCAACGAGGCGGUGGAGAUAAUGGCCAUGAUUCGGCAGCCAGACAAGCGGCGCCAGCUGCACUUGUUGCCAGAGCUGAGCUACGUGCGGUGCGACCUUCUCCUGGCACAGAGCAUGGAGAACGAUUCGAUUCCGACGUACCUUGUCACGCAUAACAACCACCAAGUCGUGCAGAAGGGCAUCUUCCUUAAUUACCGAGAGGUGGCAAGCAAGAUACGCGUUCCACCUCAAUCGCAGUGCUACCUCGUUCCAACGGCCAUGUACCAUGAGAAAAGCAUCUUUCUGCUCUCGUACUGGUACCGCAGACCGGCGGACGAGCGCGCGGUGAGCAUUUCUCGCCUUCGCCUCAACGUCGCCCGUGACUUGCCGGCGGUCAAGCACGUUACAAUGGUGCCCGAGGGAAAAGAUCGUGUCGACUUCCUCGUCGACGUGCCUACAGUCGCGCACAUUCUCCUCUCGCAAUGGAACCGGGAUGCGCGCAGUAGUAGUGACGUGCGGACUGACAAUUACGUCGGCAUGUACCUCUACGACGAUGCGAAGCAGCAGGUGGCACGGGUGUCGGCGGCGUCAAACUUGAAGGAGAUCGGCCUGGUGGCCUACCUGCCCGCACAAGGCCGCUACGUGUUGUCCAUCACGUGUCCAGCGGCGAGGGAUGUAGAGGUGAAGUGUCGAGUCGAGAUCGUUUGCGUUGAGGCGGCGCGGGUGCGCAUCACAGACGCAUACGAGAGUGCGCAGUGCUGUGAAGACCUAAAGGGGCAGCCGCUGGUCGAGCUCGUCGACAGUGAUACGCUGGUGGAUGGCGAUCGCCACACUACGGAGCCUGUGGAAGUGGCCGUGGAAAAGCGGCAGGCCGUGAGCGCAGCACAGUUGCAGGAGAAGACGAGUCGUGCGUCGCCUGCGGAUGCGGAAGCGAAAGAGAGGGCGCUGUCGUCCUCGUUUAUGCGUCCGCAGUACCUGGGCAUCCCGACCGGUGACCUGCCGCUCAUGGAGAACCCCGCGUUUGCAAAAAUGGCCCAGGAAAGAGAGCAGCUUAGAAGGCAUCUUUUGCAGAACGCAGCCCGCGUGAACACGCUUGAGAAUACAAUGGAUAAUAUGGCGGCGAGGAUGGCGGACGACAUGCACAAGCGGGAGCGCGCUUUCCUCGGAUCCCAAGCGGAGGGGAUACCGCUGGAGCUGCUUCCGCUGAACGAAGACGAGCAGUUCACUGGUCUCGAGCAUACACUGCGAUUGGCAAUGAAGGAUCCAGAGAAGAAUCGGGACGACGUAGCGAUAUGGCAGGAAAUGCUGAAGAAACGGGUGAGAGAGGUGGCGAACGAGAAGAAGGCUAGCGAGCGCGAUCUCUUCCUCAACCCUAUGCAUUUGGGACUCCCAGUGGACGAUUUGCCACUUGACAUCGACCCGGAGUUCCACCUCCUUGAGGUAGCGCGACUGCGCGAGCGUCAGCAGGAACCGUGCGAUGAGGCGAAGAUUCGAAAGCUGAACGACGCCCUCAACGAGCGUGCCGAAGGGUUGGCAGUUGCGGAGCUCGCGGCGGAUCGCCAGCAUAUGAAACCAGAGCACUUGCACGUCGCGAUCGAUGAGCUACCGCUGAGCGAGAAUCGCAACUUUGUCCUCAAGGAGGCGCUGCGCCGGGAGAAAAUGAAGAGCUCAUGCGAGGGCGCCACCGCUGUCGCUGCGUUGGAGGAUGAGCUGAACGAUAUGGCGAAGGAUAUGGCGGCAGAGCUGCUGGCCAAGCAGCGCCCCAGCUACCUCGCACCAGAACACAACGGACGGCGCAUUGCGGAUCUUCCGCUCAACACCAGCAACGACUUUCUUGCAAAGGAGCGUAGGCGGCGUGACUUAUUGAAGCAACCAAAUCCAGACAUGAACAAGGUGAUAGAGAUUGAGGAAGAGCUGGGCCACAUGGCGAGCAGUAUGGCCAUCGCGAUGAACGCAGCAGAGCGUCCGCAGUACAUGAAAGACAGCUACCAUACCAAGAACCUGGGAGAGCUUCCUCUGAAUGCCGACACCACCAUCACCACACUGGAGGCUCAGCGCGCGCGACUGAAGUACGAUCCUCUGCGAAACGCAGCAGCCAUUCGCGCGACUGAGGAAUUGAUUAACAGCCGUGCCGCCGCGCUGGCAAAAUCAAUGAUGCACGAGGAGCGCGUGAGACUCUACGGCAAGCCAAAUGGAGUGCCCGUGAACUUGCUUGACCUCCAUGAAGACUCACUCAUUCGACAUCUCGAGGAGGAGCGCAUGAAUCUCUUGAGCAACCCAGCCACCAACCCUCACGUCAUCAACACCAUCGAAGAGAAGUUGAAGGCUCGAGCGGCAGAGAUAGCAGACAACUUUCGUGCGAACAUGCGAGCCGAAAUCACGGGCGAGCAGUGCCGCAGCCCAUCUUUGAUGUCCGUGGGCAGCGACGCACCGUGCCAGGACAUGGAGGAAAAGUUGUACACCCUCCUCUCCGAGGACCCCAUCUCCAACGAGGAACAGAUCAUGGAUCUCAAGGAGGCCAUUCGCAAGAGACAUGGGGAGCUAAAGCGGCAGGCCGUGCACGCCUUGCGCUCCUUUCUCGAAGAAGCACCCUUCGGCAUCUUGCUGGCAGAGGUGGGUCUCGACGAAGAUCCCGAAUACAUGGAAAAAGAGGCGGAUCUCCAGAAAAGCCUCGCUAACAAUAGCUCAGCAACACAGAUAAAAGCCAUUCGAGACAGCAUGCAACAACGCGUGUAUGAGCUAGCAGCGGAGAAGCUCGUGCGGCGCUACCCAUUCCUCAGCAAGCGUCCGGCUGGCAUCCCUCUCGCGGAACUCCCGAUCCUGAGCCGCGACCAGCCCUUCUUACAAGCCAUUACCGAUCUGGAAAAGACAGAGGCUGACGAACAAAAGACAGAGGCGCAGUUGCGCGCUCAACAAGAAGCCUUGAACCAACGCCUGCAUGCCGUCGCCGAAGAACAGAAAUGGAAGGAGCGUGAAAUGUUCCUCGUUGCGACGACUGCCGCGGUCCCACUGCGUCUGCUUCCCCUCGAUAAUGACAUCGACUUCGUCCACCUUGAGCAGAAGCGUCGAAGUAGUCUGCGAUCCGGCAACGCACUCGACAUACGUACAAUCGAAAAUACCCUCAACGAACGCGCGCACGUGCUUGCGAGCGAGAAGAAGUGGGCGGACCGCGGCAAGGUGCUGGACCCGAAGCCGGAGGGCGUGCCGCUGUCCCACGUCCCGCUGGACGAGGACGCGGAGUUCGUUGCGCUGGAGGACGAGUGGCGCGGCCUGGCGCAGGACCCGCGGCGCAACGAGAGGGCGCUCGCAGACCUGGAGAAGGCGAUGAACGACCGUGCGCACGUGCUUGCGAGCGAGACGAAGUGGGCGGACCGCGGCAAGGUGCUGGACCCGAAGCCGGAGGGCGUGCCGCUGUCCCACGUCCCGCUGGACGAGGACGCGGAGUUCGUUGCGCUGGAGGACGAGUGGCGCGGCCUGGCGCAGGACCCGCGGCGCAACGAGAGGGCGCUCGCAGACCUGGAGAAGGCGAUGAACGACCGUGCGCACGUGCUUGCGAGCGAGAAGAAGUGGGCGGACCGCGGCAAGGUGCUGGACCCGAAGCCGGAGGGCGUGCCGCUGUCCCACGUCCCGCUGGACGAGGACGCGGAGUUCGUUGCGCUGGAGGACGAGUGGCGCGGCCUGGCGCAGGACCCGCGGCGCAACGAGAGGGCGCUCGCAGACCUGGAGAAGGCGAUGAACGACCGUGCGCACGUGCUUGCGAGCGAGACGAAGUGGGCGGACCGCGGCAAGGUGCUGGACCCGAAGCCGGAGGGCGUGCCGCUGUCCCACGUCCCGCUGGACGAGGACGCGGAGUUCGUUGCGCUGGAGGACGAGUGGCGCGGCCUGGCACAGGACCCGCGGCGCAACGAGAGGGCGCUCGCAGACCUGGAGAAGGCGAUGAACGACCGUGCGCACGUGCUUGCGAGCGAGACGAAGUGGGCGGACCGCGGCAAGGUGCUGGACCCGAAGCCGGAGGGCGUGCCGCUGUCCCACGUCCCGCUGGACGAGGACGCGGAGUUCGUUGCGCUGGAGGACGAGUGGCGCGGCCUGGCACAGGACCCGCGGCGCAACGAGAGGGCGCUCGCAGACCUGGAGAAGGCGAUGAACGACCGUGCGCACGUGCUUGCGAGCGAGACGAAGUGGGCGGACCGCGGCAAGGUGCUGGACCCGAAGCCGGAGGGCGUGCCGCUGUCCCACGUCCCGCUGGACGAGGACGCGGAGUUCGUUGCGCUGGAGGACGAGUGGCGCGGCCUGGCGCAGGACCCGCGGCGCAACGAGAGGGCGCUCGCAGACCUGGAGAAGGCGAUGAACGACCGUGCGCACGUGCUUGCGAGCGAGAAGAAGUGGGCGGACCGCGGCAAGGUGCUGGACCCGAAGCCGGAGGGCGUGCCGCUGUCCCACGUCCCGCUGGACGAGGACGCGGAGUUCGUUGCGCUGGAGGACGAGUGGCGCGGCCUGGCGCAGGACCCGCGGCGCAACGAGAGGGCGCUCGCAGACCUGGAGAAGGCGAUGAACGACCGUGCGCACGUGCUUGCGAGCGAGAAGAAGUGGGCGGACCGCGGCAAGGUGCUGGACCCGAAGCCGGAGGGCGUGCCGCUGUCCCACGUCCCGCUGGACGAGGACGCGGAGUUCGUUGCGCUGGAGGACGAGUGGCGCGGCCUGGCGCAGGACCCGCGGCGCAACGAGAGGGCGCUCGCAGACCUGGAGAAGGCGAUGAACGACCGUGCGCACGUGCUUGCGAGCGAGACGAAGUGGGCGGACCGCGGCAAGGUGCUGGACCCGAAGCCGGAGGGCGUGCCGCUGUCCCACGUCCCGCUGGACGAGGACGCGGAGUUCGUUGCGCUGGAGGACGAGUGGCGCGGCCUGGCGCAGGACCCGCGGCGCAACGAGAGGGCGCUCGCAGACCUGGAGAAGGCGAUGAACGACCGUGCGCACGUGCUUGCGAGCGAGACGAAGUGGGCGGAUCGCGGCAAGGUGCUGGACCCGAAGCCGGAGGGCGUGCCGCUGUCCCACGUCCCGCUGGACGAGGACGCGGAGUUCGUUGCGCUGGAGGACGAGUGGCGCGGCCUGGCACAGGACCCGCGGCGCAACGAGAGGGCGCUCGCAGACCUGGAGAAGGCGAUGAACGACCGUGCGCACGUGCUUGCGAGCGAGACGAAGUGGGCGGAUCGCGGCAAGGUGCUGGACCCGAAGCCGGAGGGCGUGCCGCUGUCCCACGUCCCGCUGGACGAGGACGCGGAGUUCGUUGCGCUGGAGGACGAGUGGCGCGGCCUGGCACAGGACCCGCGGCGCAACGAGAGGGCGCUCGCAGACCUGGAGAAGGCGAUGAACGACCGUGCGCACGUGCUUGCGAGCGAGACGAAGUGGGCGGACCGCGGCAAGGUGCUGGACCCGAAGCCGGAGGGCGUGCCGCUGUCCCACGUCCCGCUGGACGAGGACGCGGAGUUCGUUGCGCUGGAGGACGAGUGGCGCGGCCUGGCACAGGACCCGCGGCGCAACGAGAGGGCGCUCGCAGACCUGGAGAAGGCGAUGAACGACCGUGCGCACGUGCUUGCGAGCGAGACGAAGUGGGCGGACCGCGGCAAGGUGCUGGACCCGAAGCCGGAGGGCGUGCCGCUGUCCCACGUCCCGCUGGACGAGGACGCGGAGUUCGUUGCGCUGGAGGACGAGUGGCGCGGCCUGGCGCAGGACCCGCGGCGCAACGAGAGGGCGCUCGCAGACCUGGAGAAGGCGAUGAACGACCGUGCGCACGUGCUUGCGAGCGAGACGAAGUGGGCGGACCGCGGCAAGGUGCUGGACCCGAAGCCGGAGGGCGUGCCGCUGUCCCACGUCCCGCUGGACGAGGACGCGGAGUUCGUUGCGCUGGAGGACGAGUGGCGCGGCCUGGCACAGGACCCGCGGCGCAACGAGAGGGCGCUCGCAGACCUGGAGAAGGCGAUGAACGACCGUGCGCACGUGCUUGCGAGCGAGACGAAGUGGGCGGACCGCGGCAAGGUGCUGGACCCGAAGCCGGAGGGCGUGCCGCUGUCCCACGUCCCGCUGGACGAGGACGCGGAGUUCGUUGCGCUGGAGGACGAGUGGCGCGGCCUGGCACAGGACCCGCGGCGCAACGAGAGGGCGCUCGCAGACCUGGAGAAGGCGAUGAACGACCGUGCGCACGUGCUUGCGAGCGAGACGAAGUGGGCGGACCGCGGCAAGGUGCUGGACCCGAAGCCGGAGGGCGUGCCGCUGUCCCACGUCCCGCUGGACGAGGACGCGGAGUUCGUUGCGCUGGAGGACGAGUGGCGCGGCCUGGCGCAGGACCCGCGGCGCAACGAGAGGGCGCUCGCAGACCUGGAGAAGGCGAUGAACGACCGUGCGCACGUGCUUGCGAGCGAGACGAAGUGGGCGGACCGCGGCAAGGUGCUGGACCCGAAGCCGGAGGGCGUGCCGCUGUCCCACGUCCCGCUGGACGAGGACGCGGAGUUCGUUGCGCUGGAGGACGAGUGGCGCGGCCUGGCACAGGACCCGCGGCGCAACGAGAGGGCGCUCGCAGACCUGGAGAAGGCGAUGAACGACCGUGCGCACGUGCUUGCGAGCGAGACGAAGUGGGCGGAUCGCGGCAAGGUGCUGGACCCGAAGCCGGAGGGCGUGCCGCUGUCCCACGUCCCGCUGGACGAGGACGCGGAGUUCGUUGCGCUGGAGGACGAGUGGCGCGGCCUGGCACAGGACCCGCGGCGCAACGAGAGGGCGCUCGCAGACCUGGAGAAGGCGAUGAACGACCGUGCGCACGUGCUUGCGAGCGAGACGAAGUGGGCGGACCGCGGCAAGGUGCUGGACCCGAAGCCGGAGGGCGUGCCGCUGUCCCACGUCCCGCUGGACGAGGACGCGGAGUUCGUUGCGCUGGAGGACGAGUGGCGCGGCCUGGCGCAGGACCCGCGGCGCAACGAGAGGGCGCUCGCAGACCUGGAGAAGGCGAUGAACGACCGUGCGCACGUGCUUGCGAGCGAGACGAAGUGGGCGGACCGCGGCAAGGUGCUGGACCCGAAGCCGGAGGGCGUGCCGCUGUCCCACGUCCCGCUGGACGAGGACGCGGAGUUCGUUGCGCUGGAGGACGAGUGGCGCGGCCUGGCGCAGGACCCGCGGCGCAACGAGAGGGCGCUCGCAGACCUGGAGAAGGCGAUGAACGACCGUGCGCACGUGCUUGCGAGCGAGACGAAGUGGGCGGACCGCGGCAAGGUGCUGGACCCGAAGCCGGAGGGCGUGCCGCUGUCCCACGUCCCGCUGGACGAGGACGCGGAGUUCGUUGCGCUGGAGGACGAGUGGCGCGGCCUGGCGCAGGACCCGCGGCGCAACGAGAGGGCGCUCGCAGACCUGGAGAAGGCGAUGAACGACCGUGCGCACGUGCUUGCGAGCGAGAAGAAGUGGGCGGACCGCGGCAAGGUGCUGGACCCGAAGCCGGAGGGCGUGCCGCUGUCCCACGUCCCGCUGGACGAGGACGCGGAGUUCGUUGCGCUGGAGGACGAGUGGCGCGGCCUGGCGCAGGACCCGCGGCGCAACGAGAGGGCGCUCGCAGACCUGGAGAAGGCGAUGAACGACCGUGCGCACGUGCUUGCGAGCGAGACGAAGUGGGCGGACCGCGGCAAGGUGCUGGACCCGAAGCCGGAGGGCGUGCCGCUGUCCCACGUCCCGCUGGACGAGGACGCGGAGUUCGUUGCGCUGGAGGACGAGUGGCGCGGCCUGGCGCAGGACCCGCGGCGCAACGAGAGGGCGCUCGCAGACCUGGAGAAGGCGAUGAACGACCGUGCGCACGUGCUUGCGAGCGAGACGAAGUGGGCGGACCGCGGCAAGGUGCUGGACCCGAAGCCGGAGGGCGUGCCGCUGUCCCACGUCCCGCUGGACGAGGACGCGGAGUUCGUUGCGCUGGAGGACGAGUGGCGCGGCCUGGCGCAGGACCCGCGGCGCAACGAGAGGGCGCUCGCAGACCUGGAGAAGGCGAUGAACGACCGUGCGCACGUGCUUGCGAGCGAGACGAAGUGGGCGGACCGCGGCAAGGUGCUGGACCCGAAGCCGGAGGGCGUGCCGCUGUCCCACGUCCCGCUGGACGAGGACGCGGAGUUCGUUGCGCUGGAGGACGAGUGGCGCGGCCUGGCACAGGACCCGCGGCGCAACGAGAGGGCGCUCGCAGACCUGGAGAAGGCGAUGAACGACCGUGCGCACGUGCUUGCGAGCGAGACGAAGUGGGCGGACCGCGGCAAGGUGCUGGACCCGAAGCCGGAGGGCGUGCCGCUGUCCCACGUCCCGCUGGACGAGGACGCGGAGUUCGUUGCGCUGGAGGACGAGUGGCGCGGCCUGGCACAGGACCCGCGGCGCAACGAGAGGGCGCUCGCAGACCUGGAGAAGGCGAUGAACGACCGUGCGCACGUGCUUGCGAGCGAGACGAAGUGGGCGGACCGCGGCAAGGUGCUGGACCCGAAGCCGGAGGGCGUGCCGCUGUCCCACGUCCCGCUGGACGAGGACGCGGAGUUCGUUGCGCUGGAGGACGAGUGGCGCGGCCUGGCACAGGACCCGCGGCGCAACGAGAGGGCGCUCGCAGACCUGGAGAAGGCGAUGAACGACCGUGCGCACGUGCUUGCGAGCGAGACGAAGUGGGCGGACCGCGGCAAGGUGCUGGACCCGAAGCCGGAGGGCGUGCCGCUGUCCCACGUCCCGCUGGACGAGGACGCGGAGUUCGUUGCGCUGGAGGACGAGUGGCGCGGCCUGGCACAGGACCCGCGGCGCAACGAGAGGGCGCUCGCAGACCUGGAGAAGGCGAUGAACGACCGUGCGCACGUGCUUGCGAGCGAGACGAAGUGGGCGGAUCGCGGCAAGGUGCUGGACCCGAAGCCGGAGGGCGUGCCGCUGUCCCACGUCCCGCUGGACGAGGACGCGGAGUUCGUUGCGCUGGAGGACGAGUGGCGCGGCCUGGCGCAGGACCCGCGGCGCAACGCGAAAGAGAUGGCUGCUAUUGAAGAGGAGAUGAUGAAUCGUGUUUAUUUUUUGGCACGUGGUCUUGCCUAUUGUCAGGAUUGUCUUGAGAAGAAGGACGAGUGCUCGUGUGGAAGUGGUGGGAUGGGGAUCCGGAAAGAUGUAGGCAGUUGUGAAGAAGUUGACGGUGUUGGUGCAUUGAAUGUUAUGAUGGGAAGGCGCACAACUGAAAGGGGCUUCGACGGGCUGUUGGGAUCGGUGGUUGAUGGUGUCCCCACUGUGCUCUUGAAGUUGAGCGAUGAUGAUGUUUUUUGUAAGCAAAACGACGAGUAUCUCGACGUGUUAAAGGCCGAUUCAGAGCUGAAGAGAAUUCGGCAACUUGAGGGAGAGAUGCUCGAUCGUGCGCACGUACUUGCUCGGCGGUUUAAGGACGAAAUUCGAUCUGCUGUUGUAGGGGAGAAGAUGGCUUUGCUGGCUGAGGGUGGCGCGGAGCUCGACCGGGAUGAGACAUUUGUGGCGUUGGAGCGAGAGCUUUUCAAUUUAGAGGCGUCCGACGAUCGUGGUGGCGGUUGUCGACGGGCGGCCUUGGUGGACUCGUUGCGGCAACGUGCGAGUGAGUUGGCGGAAAUCCCGCUGCACGGCGUAUGUCGUGGAAUCUCUGCGGAGACGGUGAGUGAGGUCUCGCAGAAAGAGCUGUUUGAUAAUCAACCUGGUGGUCGUCGACAAAACACUACUCCAAAGAAGAAUGGCAGAUACGUCAGUACCGUCAUGGGCCGCAGUACCUGGAACGUCGCUGAUGAGAUAGAGGCAGGCGAAUCAUAUUUGUUUUUAGGCAAGGAAGUGUACGGUAUUCCUUUAGACAAGAUUCCAUACCGUGACGACGAGGUGUUCAGGGGGUUGUCUGAAGAGAGGAGGCGUGUGAUGAACCACCCGGAGGACUACUCGGCUGGGUAUCAGGAGGAGGUCGAGGAUGCGUUGCGCCGUCGGGUGGAGGAGCUUGCAGAUGAAUACAAAAGGGACCACAUUAAGCACACGACCGCAAGCGAUGGCCAACCAAAGAAGCCCAGAAAACCAAAUGGCGCGCCGGGGGAGUCCUGCAGUCCUCCGCGUCGUCCGCAAGGAAAGAAGAAGCUGAGGGAGGUGGAGGAGCGAACUGAGGAGCACCGACGGGAAACGGUGGAAUUGGCGUCCGCAUUUACAGACCCACCCUUCCACGACGCAAACAGCCAGGCAGAGGACGCGUGGCCGCGCAUUGCUGAUGUGUACCCUGAAGGUCUCAUGCAGCCGCUCUUGCCCAACUAUCCCAAAACGUCAGACAUGGCUUCCCCCGCAGGAGACUUAACGUAUCUCGCACCGUUCCUGGCAGCGUUGAGCCGGCAACCACCGCUACUGCACCGCCUCUUCCAGGUCAAGGCGCACCCUGUCCGCGCACCGUACACCUUUGUUUUCUUUGACCCCAACGGCACUCCUGUCACGGUGGGGAUCGAUGACAGAAUACCGUGCGACGCGAACGGGGUGCCACGGUUCACUGUUUCGCCCAAUGGUGCAUGGUGGCCGCUGCUGGUGGAGAAGGCCUACGCCAAGUAUGUAGGCGGUUACGAUCGGUUUGACGAGUGCACGUCACACGAGACGCUGCGAGACUUAACCGGCCGACCAGUGACACAUCUUCCUCUAGACGCUAAGCUGUCGGCGGAGGUAUCGGGGUGCAACUACCGAGAUGUGACCUUCUGGCGGCGCAUUCAUGAGCAGCUCGAGCGGGGUGACGUGUUCAUGGCGGUGUCGAGUGACAUGACGCCGGAUGGGAUUCACCGCCACUGUCACUACGCCGUUUUUGACGUGAUCGAGACCGUGCCGGGGUCGAACGACCCAUCCGAUGUGGUAGUGAAGAUCCACAACUGCUACCGCGAUGCACCCGAGUACCACGGGCCACUGGCGAAGGGCGAUUCUGAUUGGACACCCAAGUUGCGGUCUGUAUGCAAGGCAGACCCGGAGAGCGAGCCAGAGUUUCUGUACGUGCCACAGCCGGUGUUCCUGCGCAACUUCUCCAGCAUGCAGCGUUGCCACGUCAAUUGCGGGGAUCGCCUCACAGUCUCUGGAGAGUGGACGGGUGCAUGCAGCGGUGGCAAUCCAACGUACACUACUUUUCGGCGAAAUCCGAUGUACCUCGUGCAGAACAACUCCAACCGAAAUGUGACGGUGCUGGCCGAGCUGCGUCACAGCGCACCAGUCUACUACGACGCUCAUAACCUUGGGGUGUACCACUUGACGGCGUUGGCGCUCUUGCGGCCUGACAGCAACGCGCAGCUUGUGGCGCCCCUCCUGGCGUACAACACACACAAAUUUCUGCAGAAAGGCCUCCUCACCGAUGCUCGUGAGGUUUGCGUGGAGAUGGAGCUGCCGGCGAACAGUACGUGCUACUUAAUUCCGUACACCAAGAAGAAGGCCUGCUUUGGAAAGUAUCAGCUUUCCGUCUACCCGCAAGACAACCCAGUCAACCUCACCACACUUCGUCCGAUCGACGAAACGCACAGUUGCUUAACAAAGGAUGUGCUGGUGCAGCCUGGCACCGGGACAAGUGUGCGUGUCGACCUCGUGGUGAGUAGUCCAUGCGAUGUUCACGCCUUACUGCAUCAGAAUAAGGUGACUGAUCCGAAAUCGAUAAAGCGCGGCGAUCACUUAGCCGAGGAUGAGAUAUUCAUGGCUGUCUACGAAAACAACACCGCUCUCGUCUGUUCUACCGGAGAUGCGUCAAACGCGCGCGAGCACGCUAUCGCGUUCCAGGCGACAAAGCCUGGGCGAUACACUUUCCUGGUUGGUUGCCCUUCCAGGCCUGUCUCUGGAGAUGCACCAUGCACGUUGAUCAUCUACACUCCAACAUAUGCACAAGCACGCUUCGCUUCAUUGAAUGAGCCUAUACGUCCCAAUGUCCCGCCGCGCGUGCAGUCCUCCAAAGCCACCACGUCCUCUGCAAGUGCUCGCCUGGGUGCGUGGCAGCCUCAGGUGCCGCAGCGCUCUGCGUCUACCUCUAGCAUUGCAGCGCAAACGCCGCGCGGCAACCCGCGCAAUCGCAGGUACUUGUAA